AACACCGAAAAAACACGGUGAAAAAUAAAAUUGGAGAAAAGAAAAUAAAAGAGAGAAAAAUCAAAGUUUCAAUCCACGUUUCAUAUACCAGGCCGAGAGCUGGAUCGCGCUCCACAUUCAGUUCUCUCUGUGUCUGUCUCGGUUUCUCACCAUUGUCGUCUUCUAAUCUGCUUCUUCUUCCUCUUCGUCUCCUUCUCCUUGUUUCCGGCGAGAUUGCUGAAUUAUUUCCAGUCCAGGGGGUGACGUGACAGCCGCCAUCGUCGAAAAGGGGUAACUAUUUGCUGGCAGAAGAAGAAAUAGGAUUUUCGCAUGAAUUGAUUGCAACCAAUCUGUUGAUGCAUAAGGACCAGGAUGGGGAUUUUUGAUGGAUUGCCAGUUCCACCUGAUAAAGAGUAUUUAAGGGACGAGCUUUUGAAAAUCGAUGAGAGUUGGGCUGUUCCUCGUUUUGACACCUUGCCUCAUGUGGUUCAUAUUCUAACAUCAAGAGAUCGUGAAAAUGAGCUCCACUAUUUGAAGGAGCAAAGAGAUAUAGUUGAGGAGGUUGUGGAUGAAGUUGUGCAUGCUUAUCACAGUGGCUUCAAUAAAGCCAUCCAAAACUACUCUCAGAUUUUGAAGUUGUUCAGUGAUUCUGCUGAAAGUAUUCGCACACUGAAAAUUGAUUUGGCUGAGUCAAAGAAGCGUCUUGGUGCUCGAAACAAGCAAUUACAUCAGCUAUGGUCUCGAUCUGUCACACUAAGGCACAUUAUUGCAUUGUUAGAUCAAAUCGAGAGCAUAGCUAAGGUUCCAGCACAUAUUGAGAAACUCAUUGCUGAGAAACAGUUUUAUGCAGCCAUUCAAUCACUUAUUCAGUCAUCCUUGAUGCUUGAACGAGAAGGUCUUCAGACGGUUGGUGCUCUUCAAGAUGUAAAAUCUGAGUUGUCCAAGUUGAAAGGAGUUCUCUUUUUCAGAAUUGUGGAGGAUUUGCAUGCACAUCUUUACAAUAAGGGAGAACAUAGCUCAGUGGUGGCUACCAUGGAUGAAAGAGAGGAUGACCUGCCAACCAUUACUGCUGCUGCCUAUACAAUGAAUGGCUCACAAUCCUUGUCCCGAAGGACCAGAAUGAUCAAAGGAGAAAAUCAUGGACAGACAGAUGGAUCUCUUAGUUCUUCAUUUGAGGCCAUGAUGAGGAUGGUUCUAUUGAAUUGCAUGAUGAGGCAACUUCAGAUGGACAUGCUCGAGGAAAUGGUGGUGAAGGGAUCACGAAGGAUGCUAAAGCUGGAUUACGCCAGAUACCCAGUUGGCUUUUACAUUCCACACCUGAUGAAUUCAUUCCAGAGACUGCGCCCCACUAUUCACGAUAUUAUCACUUCGAAAAUCAAAGCUUAUGCAGAACUAGCCAAUGCUUCGAAGUCUGGCAUUGGUGAGGCUGCUGAAACUGAUGAUACCGGCCUUCAGUUUAUCAAAGUGCAUGUAGAAAGCUACCAGUUAACGAAGAAGAAGCAGCAGAAUGGGAUAUCACUGGCUGGGACUCUACUGCAAGUGAGCCCUGUAUCUCCUGUUAUGGCUCCCACUGGCAAAGCGCAGACUGCUGCAAAAGAUCUCCUUGAUUCGGUUUUGGACACUGUCGUCAGAAUAUUUGAAAAUCAUGUUAUUGUUGGAGAGCUUCUGGAGUCAAAAUCAGUUCAUGGUGUUCAUUCACACCCCCAGAGUUCAUGGCAAACUAAUGCGAAUUUGAACCCGGGUGCCGGUCCUCAAGCUGGGGGAUACAGCAUGGGCUUUUCAUUGACUGUUUUUCAGAGCGAAUGUCAACAACUUAUCUGUGAAAUUCUGCGAGCAACUCCAGAAGCUGCAUCAGCAGAUGCUGCUACACAGACUCUGCGACUUGGAAGCAAGGCCCCUUCCAAUGACAAUAGGAAUGGGUCAGAAGAUGGUCUUACAUUUGCCUUUCGAUUUACAGAUUCUACUAUUCCUAAUCAGGGUGUUGAUCUUGUUCGGCAGGGCUGGAAUAGGAAGGGCCCGAAUGUCCCGCAAGAAGGUUAUGGCUCUGCCGCUGUCUUGCCUGAGCAAGGCAUAUAUCUAGCCGCAUCUAUAUAUCGGCCUGUUGUGCAGUUUACAGAUAAGAUUGCUUCUAUGAUGCCACAAAAACAUUCCCAGCUUGGGAAUGAUGGGCUGCUGGCUUUCAUGGAGAAUUUUAUCAAGGACCAUUUUCUACCAGCCAUGUUCGUGGACUACCGUAAAGCCGUACAGCAAGCUAUAUCAAGCCCAGCUGCAUUUCGCCCGCGGUCUGCAGCCGCAACUACUUACACCCCAUCCGUUGAGAAAGGUCGGCCUGUCUUGCAGGGGCUCUUGGCAAUUGAUUUCCUGGCAAAAGAGGUGCUUGGUUGGGCUCAAGCAAUGCCUAAAUUUGCAAGUGACCUCGUGAAGAAUUUGCAAGCAUACCUGGAACGAACAUACGAAAGAUGCCGCACAUCCUACAUGGAGGCAGUUCUUGAGAAGCAAAGCUACAUGCUGAUUGGGAGGUACGAUAUAGAGAAAUUGAUGCGACGUGAUCCAGCAAGUUCAUGCUUACCUCGUUCACUUGGCCAUUCAGAGUCAACCAUGGUAAACAAUGCUUCAGAUGCAGAGUCGGUUGAGAUUGAGUCAGAACUGAGUAGCCUGCUAUUGAAUUUGCGCCCAAUCAGACAGGACAAUCUGAUUCGCGACGAUAACAAACUCAUUUUGCUUGCAUCUCUUAGUGAUUCUUUGGAGUAUGUUGCUGAUUCAAUUGAAAGGCAAGACUCUUUGAUGCUUGGUCAGUCCAACAUGCGUGCUGCAAAGCAAGUAGGAGAGAGAGGGAAGAAUCUGGCUUCAUUCGCGGAUGACUAUAGGAAACUAGCAAUUGACUGUCUUAAGGUUUUACGCGUGGAGAUGCAGUUGGAGACCGUAUUCCAUUUGCAGGAAAUGACAAAUAGAGAGUACUUGGAGGACCAGGAUGCAGAAGAGCCAGAUGAUUUUAUAAUAUCUCUCACUGCAAAGAUAACACGCCGGGAUGAAGAAAUGGCACCUUUUGUUGCACCAGUAAAGCGAAACUACAUAUUUGGUGGAAUAUGCAGUGUUGCUUCAAAUGCGUCUAUCAAGGUUCUUGCUGAUCUGAGGUCUAUCAACCUUUUCGGCGUUCAACAGAUUUGCCGAAAUUCAAUAGCAUUGGAGCAGGCCCUUGCAGUUAUUCCAUCAAUCAACAGUGAAUCUGUACAGCAGAAGCUGGACCGCGUCAGAACAUAUUACGAACUAUUAAACAUGCCCUUUGAGGCUUUGCUUGCUUUCAUUGCGGAGCACGAGCACUUGUUUACAGCUAAAGAAUAUGGUUAUCUGUUGAAGGUUAAGGUCCCUGGAAGAGAGGUUCCCCCUGAUGCACAACAUCGUGUUUCAGCCAUCCUAUCUCGAUAGCACUUCAGCCGAUUGAUCGAUGGGGUUCCAAGUUCUCUGCUGCGCGAUGUAUAGAAAGGGGCCUAUUUAACUUUCGAAGAACGGAUUGAACCACCCCCAUGGCAAGGUGCUGAAAGAGAUGCGAUAGAUAUAUGAUAUAUCUUACGGUGUGCUUGCCGGAUUCUGCCGAUUUUCACGUGCAUGCUGGAUAUAGGGUUUUCUGGUCUGUCUUCUCAACUGUAAUUUCUUCUGCUGUAAGCAUGCACUUGGUAGUUGGUAUGGUUUUAUUUCCCUCUCUUUUGCUCGCUUGCUUAGGGUAAAUCUGCUUAAUUCAUUACGGUUAGGAACAGUGGGAUUUAAUCAGUUGCUCGACGUUUCGUUUCUGUAAUAUCGUUGUUUGUAAGUAUAUCAUCCAUAAAACGUAUCACUCGCCUGCUUCUGGUUUUCUAAUUGGAAGCUACACCACCAGAAACUGCAAUCUUCCCUUUCAAACAGUUCGGUUAUUCUUCAACAGCGUGAAAUGAAUAGGUCGGAAAUUCGGAAUG